AGGAGCUUCUACUUCUUCAAGGCAGAAGCUAGGAGUCUUCUUCAGGACAUCAAGAGGAAGAUACCAACACAACAAGGUUGAUGGAGGACGGGACUUUGAAGACGUCUCUCUGAUGUUGCGGGCCUGACAGCAUAAGCGUCGGGAGGCAGCGCUGGUCGAAUUUCAGAGCCCUUUGCAAAGAGUUUAGCCAUCCAGAAGUCCUCCGACACAGAUCCAGAAGGUGCAGUGCAGCAGGCUCUCCCAGGAAGCAACGAGGAGGGACUCACACAAGCUCCAACCCUGUGUCUUUCAGGUGCUCCUGGAUCUUUUUUCUACUGCUACGGACUAGCAGGGCUACUCAUCUGGAUCUAACUCUCCCAGGAAGGCCUGGCAAGCAGCCAAGCAGAGCAGCAUCCAAGGGAUGAAGCGGCCCUUGAGCCCAUCCCACCCUCCCGGGAGCGGCACUUGCGGAAGUCUGGCAGGGGACUCCGGCCUAGGAUGUCCACCGGAGCAGCGCACCAAGAGGGAGAAGAAGCACCCGACGUUCACCCUGUGUGAGGUGUGCAAUAUUCAGCUCAACUCAGCCGUCCAGGCUCAGAUUCACUACAAUGGCAAAUCCCACCAGAAGCGCCUCAAACAGCUCAGCAAAGGCAGAAUUUUGACCAGCCAAGGUCCAGCCAGCCACAGUAGCUCCCUCUUAACUUCGCUUCCCAUCCCAGGACGGUCUCUCCACCCGCCACUGGACCUCAAGCACUUUCUGACCUUUCGCCUCAAUGGGACGUCCCCGCUCAACCUCUUCCCCAACUUCAACACGAUGGAUCCGGUGCAGAAAGCGGUGAUCAACCACACAUUCGGCGUGCCCAACCCGCUCAAGAAGAAGCAGUUCAUCUCCUGUAAUAUUUGCCAUCUCAGAUUCAACUCUGCGAAUCAAGCGGAAGCACAUUACAGAGGCCACAAGCACGCCCGGAGACUCAAAGCCAUCGAAGCAGCGAAAAACAAGCAGAAGGUGUCUGAGAGCCGCAGCAGCCAAGAAAAAUCAGCUGACUUAGAUGCUGCACUGGACCUCGCCGGAGACACCACCAGCAACUCAGUGCAACCCAACGGCCUGCUGGGAUUGAAGCCGCCAACGACGGAGGAGUACAGCCUAGUGCUGAUGCCUCCCCUAGAGAAGCCCCCUGCCGAGCUGGUGAACGGCGUCCUGCCCCUCGUCUCCCCACCGGUUUCAGAGCCGUCGGAGGGAGCUCCGGACACUGCGAGCGUGGCCUCCUCCUCAGCAGCCCCUGGAGCGGACACUCCAGUCACCGAAUCGGGCAGCACCACCAGCUCAGGCCUGGAAGGGGAGAAAGAGGGGAAGAAGACCAAGCAGCACUUGUUCUGCCCUACCUGCAAGGUGACCGUCAACUCCACCUCCCAGCUGGAAGCUCAUAACUCUGGAGCAAAGCACAAGUCGAUGCUGGAGGGCCAGGCCGUUUUGCCGAGACGAGGCAGGGGGAAAGUCCUCUCUCGCGUGGGGCACAAGCCCAAACGCAUUGGCAGCAAAGGCAUCCAAAGCAAGGCCUUCCAGUGCCAGGCGUGCGAGAUUUAUGUCAACUCCGAAACCCAGCUCAAACAGCACAUGAGCAGCAGGAGGCACAAGGACCGGUUGGCGGGAAAGCCCCCCAAGCCCAAAUAUAGCCCAUACAGCAAGCUCCAGAAGAAUGCGGCCCUGGCAGUGAGUAUUUUGAAGUCCAAGCUGGCUCUACAGAAGCACCUCACAAAGACCCUGGCUGCCCGCUUCCUGCCCGGCCCCUUCACCCCGGCCGCCGUGUGUGCCCUGCCCAGCCCGCUGACGCUGCGACCAGCUGCUACGACCCUCUUCCAAGCCCCCCUCUUUGGACCAGCGCUUUUCAGGACCCCGCCAGGCCCAGUGAGGGCAGCGACGGGCCCCAUCGUCUUUGCCCCUUACUAGAGAGCCUCAGCGUCCUUUUCGGUUCAAUCAGGUUAAAUUGCCGUAAGGGGACAUCAGGGGGAACCAGCGCAGGGGGCAUUGGGGGAGGCAGUCGAUCAGGGCUGAUUUCUGGGCAAAAGCAGACUGAAAACCUCCUUGGAUUUUUAGCAGCCGUCAUUUUGCUUGUAGGAGUUUCUGCCUGCGUCACCAAUUAGGUCAUACUGCGGAGCCUCAAGAGAUAGGGCCUUGCCCAAGAAUUCGUCCCUUUUAAUUCUGACAAUCCCACAAUGCACCAAGGUUUCUGGCACUAGCCAGUGAUAGAUAAGCACAAUUGUACCUAUCCUGGUGGUUGGGUGGGGGGGAGGGGCUGGGGGAAUGUUCCAGAUGUUUGGGUCGUUAGAAGUCUGGAUAGCUGGAAGUGCCAUUUUAUACAGGGUCAUCGGGAUCCAGGAAUCCUACGUCAGUUUGUUGAACGGAUAAUGGAAGUUCUCCUCCCUGGCUUGUAUUUCAGGAUUCGAUGUUCUCCUUAUUAAGAGAAGGUGCCAAGAUAAUCCCUGUAACUAACCCAGAAACUGAGCAAGGGUUGUUUUUUUUUCCAGAGAAGGGAGGGAGAAUUUCCACUGAGGUGGUAAUCAGGAGGAAUUUAUCUCCAGCAAAAUUAUUUUCACAGAAAAAUAGUAUAAUUUGCACCCUGUCCUGUCAGGCCUUAACGCGUGAUCCCAAAAUGAAAGCCCAUGGGCAAAAAUCUAAAACUUCUUAGUUUUCCAAAUGGCAACCUGAUUUUCAGUUUUAAUGAAUGCAAAUCCCAGAUUCUGUUUUCUCCUCUGGAUGUGGGGGGUGCAUGUCUACCUGCCUGUAUGAAAGAAUAUUGCAUGGAUUAUGAAGGGGAAGGUGGAACUCA